GAUGAGAGGAAAGAGCAUAUCCCGGACGAUUUGUUGGCUGUGGUAUUGGGUAGGUUUUUUAGGGAGCGAGGGAGUGGGGGCACGAGGAUGAGUCGCGAUGCCGUGAGGGCGGUGGGGAGGUAUAUGGAUACGUUUGUCAGGGAGGGGGUUGCGCGGGGGGCGUGGGCGGGUGAGGAGAGGGGGAAUGGGGUGCUGGAGGUGGAGGAUUUGGAGAGGUUGGCGCCGCAGCUUUUGUUGGAU